AGCAGUGCCAUUCGGCAGCACCGUAGAGACGGAGAGAUAGGCGGCGAAGCGCCCGGAGAAUGACGGUAGUACGAGUGGCUUUUAGCAACACUCUUUCUUCCCAUCUGGCUGCCAUGCAUACUCCCUCUCGCCAAGUAACACUUCCACCUUCGCUCUCUCUGUCCGUACGCCUUGUAUAUAUUGACUGCCUGCUCCCUCGUAGUCCGUAGGUUCUUUGCGUAUGCCAGCAGAGCAGUUCAUAAUCACGCCCGAAUCAAUCAAUCUUCUUCAAUAUAAGGAUGGAGACAAAGAGUAUUGCUACUCGGAUUCAAAAUUCAGGUCUUUUUCGCACCCAGGGUCUAAUUGGAGGAAAAUGGGUUGAUGCUUACGAUGGGAAGACUAUCAAGGUUAACAACCCAGCAACUGGGGAAAUAAUAGCAGAGGUUCCUUACAUGGGUAAAAGGGAGACAAAUGAUGCAAUAUCGUCUGCCUAUGAUGCUUUUAAUUCUUGGAGCAAACUUACUGCUGCUGAAAGGAGCAAAUACCUGAGGGAGUGGUAUGAUCUAUUGAUGACCCACAAGGAAGAACUUGCACAGCUAAUAACAUUGGAGCAAGGAAAACCUCUAAAAGAUGCCAUGGGUGAGGUAACUUAUGGGGCUGAUUUUAUUGAAUUUUUUUCUGAAGAGGCAAAACGUGUAUAUGGAGACGUAAUUCCAGCUACUUCGUCUGACCGUCGGUUGGUUGUACUAAAGCAGGUAGGGAUGUAUUAUCCUGUAGGUGUUGUUGGUGCAAUCACUCCCUGGAAUUUUCCCUUAGCCAUGAUAACUCGAAAGGUUGGCCCUGCUCUUGCUUGUGGCUGUACUGUGGUUAUAAAACCUUCUGAAUUUACACCCCUCACAGCUUUAGCAGCAGCUGAGCUUGCCCUUCAAGCAGGAAUUCCUCAGGGUGUUGUGAAUGUGGUUAUGGGGAAUGCUCCUGAUAUUGGUGAAGCAUUACUUUCAAGUACACAGGUAAGAAAGAUCACAUUUACAGGCUCAACAGCAGUGGGGAAGAAGUUAAUGGCUGGUGCCGCUGGAACUGUUAAAAAGGUAUCUCUUGAACUUGGUGGCAAUGCACCCUGCCUUGUCUUUGAUGAUGCAGACCUUGAUGUGGCAGUCAAAGGAACUCUUGCAGCAAAGUUUCGUAACAGUGGACAGACUUGUGUUUGUGCAAAUAGAAUACUUGUCCAAGAGGGUAUUUAUGAGAAAUUUGCAGAUGCUUUUUUGAAAGCUGUCCAAAAUCUGCAAGUUGGGGAUGGGUUUACUGAAGGUGUUGUCCAGGGGCCACUAAUUAAUGAAGCUGCUGUGAAAAAGGUUGAAUCUUUUGUUCAAGAUGCUAUCUCAAAGGGAGCGAAAGUUCUUCUUGGGGGUAAAAGACAUAGCCUUGGAUUGACUUUCUACGAGCCUACGGUGGUUUCAGAUGUCAAGAAUGAGAUGCUUUUAGCAAAAGAGGAAGUGUUUGGACCUGUGGCACCUCUCUUACAAUUCAAAACUGAGGAGGAAGCUAUCCGCAUUGCAAAUGAUACAAAUGCAGGGUUAGCUGCUUACAUUUUCACAAACAAUGUUCAACGCACAUGGCGCGUCUCUGAAGCUCUUGAGUAUGGCCUUGUUGGUGUUAAUGAAGGACUUAUCUCAACAGAGGUAGCUCCAUUUGGCGGUGUCAAACAGUCUGGCCUUGGACGAGAAGGCUCCAAGUAUGGGAUUGAUGAAUAUCUGGAACUCAAAUACGUAUGCUUUGGAGAUAUGAACCGAAAAUGAUGCUUAAGGUAUGUCGCAGUUGUUCACACGUAGUUUUGAAGGUGGCUUUUUGGAGUGUGCAGUCUCUAAAUAAAUGCUUGAACGUGGCUUGUUGGAUUGUGCGGUCUGUAAAUAAAUGCAAGUUAACUGUAAGCGGAACUCAUGGCUGUUCUGAAUGUUGUGUGCUGUAAAACUCGUCCUAGUAUGCCCACUUUUUCUGCCGUAAUUUCAUGUUUGUGUGCCCUCUCUAGAGUGCUUUCCCAAACAAUAAAUGCCUGAAAUAGGC